AUGGCACAGGCUAUGUUCGAUGACGCUAGCCACCACAAUGCUGGAGAACUUGACUUGAGCAGAAAGGCCCGAGGAAUUCACCGGUCCAGCAGAAUCAAAACAGCAUAUCGCUCAUUCAUGGUCUUGAAGGAUCUGAAGCCAGGCCAGAUAGAUGCCUUUUUAGCAUCAUACGUCAUCUAUUCGCUUGAUUGGAAAGAUGAGAAGAAAAUGCUUGAGACUUUGGGUCCCAACUACCAGCAGCAAGUUGGCGAUUGUCUGUCAGACUACUACAGCGUUCUCAAUCACCUGUGCGCUAUUGGGGAUCUCGAAAAAAUGUACAUUCCUCCAGCCAUGGACCUUAGCGCAUCUAUCGUCAUGAACCAAAUACUCUAUGAAGAGAGUGUCGCCAAGGAGCUGUGUCUACCGUCACAUGCCAAAGUUCUGGACCUUGGCUGUGGUCGCGGACGAGUUGCAGCGCACGUUGCGCGGAUAUCCGGAGCCAGUGUCACCGGCAUCAAUAUCGAUGACGACCAGAUAGCAAGUGCCCGCGCAUUCAACAACGAGCUUACCAACGAGUUCAUACGGCAUGACUUCAAUGAGCUUCCACUUCCGUUACCAUCGAAUCACUUCGACGGCUUCUACCAAAUCCAAGCCUUCAGCCUCGCCAAAGAUCAUACGAAAUUGCUCGAAGAGGUGUAUCGAGUUCUCAAACCAGGAGCGAGAGUCUCCAUGCUGGACUGGGCGAGUCUUGACGCAUACGACCCGAACAACCCAAAGCACGAGCAGCUCAUGCAGAAGAUCAAACCUCUGAUCGGUGCUGUUGGAACUCCGACACCAGAAAGCAUGCAAGAAGCGCUGAAAGCAGCAGGCUUCCGAAUCAUUCGCAUGAACAAUGCAAGURUCGAUGGCCUCCAAGCGCCUUUGAUCGAGAGGGCAGACGGCUUCUUCUGUACCGCGAAGAAGACGAUCUUGGGCCUGGUUCGCAUAGGAGUUCUUCCCGCGCACUUCAAGACACUCUUCGAACGUCUCACGCAGGAUUGUGAUGCCUUUGUCGAGGCUGACCGGGCUCGCCUGAUUACGACCAGCUACCAUUGGCUCGCGGAGAAGCCGCUGACAGAACCCAAACUGUCUCCAGACAGCUCAAACACAGGAUCAUCUUCGGCAUCUCCCUCAAGCUCCCAGAAGACGCUGUGA